AUGAGACUGCUGUGGCUGCAGCUUCUAGCUGCCGUAUCCAUCGGUUGUGCAACAGCAGCGAAGGCAUCUGCUGGCCGCGGGGUUGCACAAUACAAGCUCCCGCUCCCAGCUCCACUGCCAGCCAAUGAAGCUGCACGAGAGCUGCAGGCGACAGUGGGAUCGGAUCAGGCCAGGCGGCACCAGCAAAGUGCAUCCAACCAGCGCAGGCGCACCCAGAUCGUGCGCCGGCGCAGGCCCGUCGCCUCCUCCACAACAACAACAUCCACUUCUACAAGUACAACAACCACGACAACAACAACAACCACAACAACAACUCCGCGUCCCAGCCUGGCCAACGGCUUUAAUUUCUUCAACCCCAACUUCUGGAGCUUUGGCCAGCAGAGUCUGGUGGCAGUGCGUCCGCCGACCAAGCAGCCCCAUCCGCCCAAGAAGUUCAGUCCCAAGGAGGAAAAGGCUAGCCAGCGCAAACAGCUCAAGACCACCAGGAAACCCCCAGGUGGCGGACUGAGCUCCACCACAAUAGGUAGAACGAGCCCUAGGUCCUCAACUACGACCACAACAACCACACUGAAACCCUCCACGGAUGGACCCUUUCGAAUUGCGUUGCCCACCUUGAAUUUUCCGAGUGCGGAUGACAACGAUGCGGACAAGGAGAAGGGCAAGCGGGCGGCCGCUGAGCUCCGUUUGAAGUACAACUGUCCGCGGGAGAACGAGGUGCGCUUCCAGCUCUUCCCCAAGAUCUGCAAGACAGAUCGAGAUUGUUCCGUCUGGCAGCGCGAUGAGCUGUGCUGCGAUAUCUUCGGAGCAAGUAGCUGUGUGUCGGGUGUUCCUAAGCCCCUGGAGGAAACUCCACAUGCACCCAUUCUGGGUUUGAUACCUCGCAAGUGCCCCAGCAGACCGCUGGCGGAGCUCUGGUGGGAUGUCCAAGAGUGCAACACGGACAUGGACUGCUGGCCCCGGGUCUGCUGUCCGGAUGGUCGGAGGCGUUACUGUCGUACCUCGCAGCCGGAACUGGAAACGGCACCUGUGCCAGUGAAGCGCUCCUUUGACUAUCUCUCCGAGUACCUGGAGUGCACUGCUCCUCCUCCGCCCAUAUUUGACUUGCACCCAAAAGCGUGCACCUCCACGUUGGAUUGCUUCCCGAAUGUGUGCUGCCAGGAGGCUGGCCUGAGGCACUGCCGUCCACCCAAGAAGUCUGUGCUAACCUUGAUGGCCAACUUUCUGAACGUAGACUUCGUUAAGCGGCUGGCCCAGAACAUCGUUAUCAAGUAGGCCGAGCACUCCCAUUUCCCACUAUUUUCUACCUUGUACGUUUCGAAAUUGCCGUGAUAUCUCCCGCCCGUAAUUGUUUGGCCACGCUGAUAACCAAAAAGAAGACAUGCACACACUCAUUCGUUUCAUAUAUGUAUAAAC